GUAACGGCGACAAGUCGACGACGACGACCACGACGUAAACGCGGCCAACGACACGUUAAAACACACUGGGCCGAGGGAAGCCGAUUGUCGUUGGUGUUUUAUUGAAUAACGGAGAGUGGUGCGAUCGUUGCUCGGCCAGCACCAAGUGAUCCGGCAAUUGUGUUAACCCGCGUGUGCUAAACUAUCUACUAUCGGCUGACUUAAAGAUAUUAACGGAGUAACGAGGCAUCGCCGGCUUUCCGAAACAACUUUCACACCAAUUUACGUGUCGACGUCUUCGGUCUUCGCCACGAGCUUUUCAGUGGGAUCGCGCCUGGAGAGUCGGAAUCCCGUCGUGCAGGUCGGCCCGUCCAGCAGCAUCACCGCAUUCGGAAAAGCGCGGGACCGAGGAGAAGUUGCGCGCGCCGUUUGCGCGCUACGUCCCCACCACAGCAUCCUAGCUACGAGGAGACGAGGACCGAGUGCCCGAGUGCCCGAGUGCUCGAGCGAGCAAGAGGGAGAGAGAUAACGAGGACUCUAGGAGGAGGAGGAGGAGGAGGAGGAGGAGGAGGAGGAAGAGGAGGACACCUGCUUAGCCGAUAAAAUGAAUGAGAAUGAUAAGUCAGUCGAGGCCCAGGAGGAGAGCGAGAUGGUUGAGCGCGAGCUGGCCGAGGACGCCGAGUGGAAGAGGAUCCAGCAGAACACGUUCACUCGCUGGGCCAACGAGCACCUCAAGUGCGCCAACAAUCACAUCGGCGACCUCGAGAGCGACCUCUCGGAUGGGCUUAAGCUCGUCAGCCUGAUCGAGGUCCUCGCCCAGAAGAGGCUUCCCAAGCACAACAAGCGCCCGACCUUCAGAUCCCAGAAACUCGAAAACGUCUCGGUGGCGCUCAAGUUCCUCGAGAACCAGGGCAUACGCAUCGUCAACAUCGACUCUUCCGACAUCGUCGACUGCAAGCUCAAGCUCAUCCUCGGCUUAAUAUGGACCCUCAUUCUUCACUACUCGAUCUCGAUGCCCAUGUGGGAGGGCGACGACAUGAAUGGCCCGGACAAGGGCGCCACGCCCAAGCAACGUCUCAUGCACUGGAUCCAAUCAAAGAUCCCGGACCUGCCGAUCUCCAACUUCACCUCAGACUGGAACGACGGCCGGGCGGUCGGUGCCCUUGUGGACUCGAUCGCACCCGGUCUCUGUCCGGAUUGGGCCUCCUGGAAUCCCAAGGAUGCUGCGCAAAACGCGGCCGAGGCCAUGGGUCUUGCCGACGACUGGCUCAACAUACCGCAGUUAAUCAAACCGGAGGAGAUGGUUAAUCCAAAUAUCGACGAAAUGUCCAUGAUGACGUAUCUCUCGCAGUAUCCCAACGCAAAAUUGAAGCCAGGAGCACCAAUUCGUCCGCGCACGAAUCCAAACAGCGUGCCGCCACCGCGGGUACGAGCCUACGGUCCUGGAAUCGAACCCACGGGCCCGAUCAUCGGGGCGCCCGCCAACUUCACCGUCGAGACCUUCUCCGCUGGCAAGGGAAACGUGAACGUUACCGUCGACGAUCCCAAGGGUCUCAAAUUGCCGGUCGACAUUAGAUUCAACAAGGAUCGCAAUCUCACGUACUCGGUGUCCUACACACCCGUGAACGAAGGGCCGCACAAGGUCAAAGUGCUGUACGCCAAUCGGGAGAUCCCGAAGAGCCCGUACUCGGUGUUGGUCGAAGGUCACGCCGGUGACCCGACCAAAGUAACGGCCAGUGGUCCGGGCCUCCAGCCCGACGGCGUCAUCGUCAACAGACCCACCUACUUCGACAUUUUCACCAAGGAUGCCGGAAGAGGUGUGCCCGAAGUCAUGGUUCUCGAUCCUCAGGGCUCGAGGACAACGGUGCCGGUGAAGUUGCGCCAGACAUCCCCGGACGUCUGGCGUUGCGAGUACGUCUCGCCGAUCGUGGGGCUCCACUCAGUGAACAUCUUCUUCGCUGGCAAGCUCAUACCGAACAACCCGGUCGGUGUGCGCAUCGCACCCAUCUCCGAUGCGAAAAAGUGCAAGGCAUACGGCCGGGGACUAUUGGCCAACGGCGUUCGCGUCAAGGACGACGCGGACUUCGUUAUCACGACCAAGGACGCCGGCGAGGGCAAGGCCGAUGUAAGGAUCAUCGCGCCCGGCGGCGUCAACCUGCCCGCUAACCUGAGGAAGGUGGACGAUACCACCUACGAGUGCCACUACUUCCCGGUGAAGGACGGCCGUCACGUGGUAAUGGUGACAUACGGAGGCAAGGAGAUCCCCAAGUCACCGUUCGAGGUCAAUGUCGGCCCGUAUAAGGAGUCGGCCAUACGCGUGUUCGGGCCCGGACUCUACGGGGGUAUCGUCGGGCACCCGGCCCGAUUCACCGUCGACACGAACGGCGAGACCGGUGCCCUCGGGUUCUCUAUCGAGGGUCCAUCCAAGGCCAAGAUCGACUGCGUCGAUAACGGCGAUGGUACCGCUGACGUCUCUUACCUGCCGACAGCCCCUGGCCCAUACGCCGUUCACAUACUCUGUGACAACGAGGACAUACCAAAGUCACCCUACAUCGCCAACAUCGUCCCCAAGAGCGACUUCGAUCCUGACAAGGUUGAAGUUCAUGGACCCGGUAUUCAGCCAGAAGGAGUACUCAGUGACAAGCCAACGCACUUCACGGUCGAUGUAAGAAAGGCUGGCCAAGCACCAUUGGAAGUGGCGAUUAAGGAUGCCUUCGGUAGAGAUGUGCCAAUCAAGCUGGAGGACAAGCGAGAUGGAACGAUUCAAGCACAUUACAAGCCAACAUCCGGUUCACAACACGUUGUCAUGGUGAACUACGGUGGCGUUGCGACGAAAAAGUCACCGUACAGAGUGAAGGUCGAGGCCCCGCUGAAUCCGGCCCUGGUCCAGGCCUUCGGGCCCGGACUCGACAGUGGCGUCAAGACGAACACGCCGACGCACUUCAAUGUGAACUGCCGCGAGGCCGGCCCUGGUGACCUCAAGGUGGACAUGAAGACACCCGAGGGCCACGACCUACCGAUUUCCCUUACCGACAACGAGGACGGCACCUACACCGUCGACUACGUCGCCCCCGAUCCUGGGACUUACACCGUCAACUUGAACUACGGCGGCUUGAAAGUGCCGAAAAGCCCGUUAAAGGUCAACGUUCAGCCGCACGUUGACGUCUCCAAAGUGAAAGUCGAUGGCCUGUCGCCGACCGCGAUCGUCAACACUCUUCAGCAGUUUCGCGUGCUGCUGACGCAGGAGGCCGGCCAUCCGUGGGACAUCCAGGUGGCGUUAAUUGGGCCCUCGGGGCUGCGCUGCAUGGCCCAGGUGCUGCCCAGCCAGGAGGGCUACAUCGUGAACUUCAGGCCUACGGAGCUCGGGGAGUACGAGGUGGACGUGAGCUACGGGGGCGCGGCGGUCGGGGGCUACCCGCGCCGGCUCACCUGCCUGCCGAGUAGCGAGCCGAGGCGCGUGAGGGCUUACGGGCCCGGGCUGAGUCGGGGCUACGCGGGCAGGCCCGCCGAGUUCGUGAUCGACACCCGGGGCGCCGGCCAGGGCGGCCUCGGGGUCACGGUCGAGGGACCCUGCGAGGCCGCGAUCACCUGCCGGGACAACGGGGACGGGACCUGCUCGGUCGCCUACUUGCCCGCCGAUCCCGGCGACUACGCCAUCAACAUCACCUUCAACGAGUGCCACGUGCCUGGCUCGCCCUUCCAGGCCCUCGUCCACGAGCUCGACCUCGGCAAGAUCAGGCUCGCCGGCCGCGGCAUUCAGCCACACGGUCUCAACCUCUACCAGCCGACGGACUUUACGAUCGAUACGCGCGCAGUUGCCAAGCCCAAGGGCGAGAGCGAGAAGAUAGGCUGCUCGAUCAACAACCCGAGCGGCGGCAUCACCGAGAAGGUUAUAACGCCCCAGGCAGACGGCACCUACCGCGUCAGCUACACGCCCUUCGAGGAAGGCAAGCACAACGUCGACGUUCUCUACGACAAUAUACCCGUGCCAGGCUCGCCAUUCGGCGUCAAUGUCAAGCGAGUCAGCGAGCCCGGCAGGUGUCGGGCCUACGGGCCCGGGCUACAGAAGGGCAUCGUCAACAAGCCCAACAAGUUCACCGUCGAGACCAGAGAAGCUGGAACGGGUGGACUGGGAUUGGCCAUCGAAGGACCAAGCGAAGCUGUCGUCUCGUGCAAGGACAAUUGCGAUGGAUCUUGUAGUGUGGAAUAUCUACCAACGGAAUCUGGCGAUUACGACAUCAGUAUCAAAUUCGCCGAUAAGCAUAUUCCGGGAUCGCCCUUCCGAGUGCCGGUGGAGAGUCCGGUAAGAGGAUCGAAUAACGUUCGAGCCUACGGUCCCGGCUUGGAACCCCAGAUGGUGCGCGAGGGUGUGCCCGCGACCUUCACCGUCGACUCCACCAAGACAUCCAACGCCGUGCUCGACGUGAAAGUGAAGACCGACAGGGGUAAUAUAUCCAAGCCUGAGAUAAAGCGCGUGCGCGACGGCAUACACGAGGUCUCCUACAAGCCAUCGACAGCUGGUAGCAACGUCCAGGUAGACGUCAACUACGGUGGCCAGCCCGUACAGGGCAGCCCCUUCAAGGUCAAGGUCGAGCCGGCUUGCGAUUCCAACAAGGUCGUGCUUACGGGCCCGGGUGUGUCGCCCGUCACCACCGCCUCGUUCCCCGCCGACUUUGUCGUCGACACGUCAAAGGCCGGAUUCGGCGACCUCGAGGUUCAAGUCUUGGGUCCGGAUCAGUCUCCUCGCAAGGUGGACGUCGAGAGCCUCGGCGACGGCAAGUACAAGGCGACCUAUCUGCCGGACGAUUGCGGUCGGUACAAGGUUAACGUGAAGUACGGUGGUAAGGAGGUACCGAGCAGUCCCGUGAACGUCCAGAGCGUAUCCACGGGUAAGGCCGACGCCUGCAAAAUCAAAGAUGGCGUGCAUCGCAAACUCGCCCAGGGCGAGGAGUACUGCAUUACCGUCGACACGCAAAACGCCGGCCGAGGCGCCCUCACCUGUCGCAUCCGCUCUACCUCCGGAAGCGAAGACGUUGAUAUUGAUAUUCAGGACAACGCAGAUGGCACAGUUGAUGUUUAUUAUACCGUAGCCGAUGCUGGAGAUUAUACUUUGAACAUCAAAUUCGGAGGUCAGAUAAUCCCCAACGGCCUUUACACCUUCACCGCGUCGGAGGAGUACAGGGAGCGCACGACUAGUCAUAAAACUCGACGGGGCAGAAGGACUAACGAUCGCCAGGAGGAGCAAUUCGUGCAGCACAGCUCGAGCGUACAGGAAAGCUCGACUUUUACGAAGCGCACGACCAAGCAGGAAUCCAAGUCCUUCAACGUUAUUCGAUUGAGCUCCAUACCUGUCCCCUCCCCAUCUAUCGGCAGCGGAAAAGUUACAUCGGAAGUGAAGAUGCCGAGUGGAAAAGUGGACAAACCCGUGAUCGAGGACAACCACGAUGGUACGGUCUCGAUCAAAUACGAUCCGCGGGAGGAAGGACUUCACGAGAUCUACGUCAAGUACAAUGGCGAGCACGUGCAAGGUUCUCCCUUCAAGUUCCACGUGGACUCGCUGGCGAGCGGCUACGUGACCGCUUACGGUCCGGGCCUCAUUUACGGCGUCUGCGGGGAGCCGAGCAACUUCACGAUCUCGACGAAGGGCGCCGGUGCCGGUGGCCUGUCCCUCGCGGUCGAGGGCUCGAGCAAAGCCGAGAUCUCCUGUCACGACAACAAGGACGGCACCGUGUCCGUCUCGUACUUGCCGACGGCGCCCGGCGAGUACAAGAUCUCCGUGAAGUUCGGCGACAAGCACAUCAAGGGCAGCCCCUAUGUCUCCAAAAUAACGGGCGAAGGCCGCAAACGCAACCAGAUAUCGGUCGGCUCCUCCUCCGAGGUCCAGCUGCCCGGGAAAGUCAGCGACGCAGACGUCCGCUCGCUGAAUGCAUCGAUAACGGCUCCGAGCGGCCUCGAGGAGCCCUGCUUCCUGAAGAAGAUGCCCAGCGGCAACAUAUGCGUCUCGUUCACGCCCCGCGAGGCCGGUGCCCACGAGGUCUCGGUUAAGCGCAUGGGCAAGCACAUAGCCAACUCGCCCUUCAAGAUCGACGUCACGGACCGCGAGGUCGGUGACGCCAAGAAGGUCAAGGUCUCGGGCCAGGCACUCAAGGAGGGCAAAACGCACGCGGAGAACGCCUUCUCCAUCGACACGCGCAACGCCGGCUACGGCGGUCUCUCUCUCUCCAUGGAGGGCCCCAGCAAGGCCGAGAUACAGUGCAAGGACAACGAGGACGGCACCCUCAAGAUCUCUUACAAGCCCACCGAGCCCGGCUACUACAUCAUGAACCUCAAGUUCGCCGACCACCACGUCGAGGGCUCGCCCUUCACCGUCAAAAUCACCGGCGAGGGCAGCAACCGUCAGCGCGAGAAGAUCCAGCGACGCCGCGAAGCGGUGCCCAUCACCGAGGUCGGCAGCCAAUGCAAACUGACCUUCAAGAUGCCGGGGAUCACGUCGUUCGACCUUGCAGCGACUGUCACAUCGCCAGGUGGCAUUACCGAGGACGCGGUCGUUAAGGAGGUCGACGAUGGACUCUACGCCGUAGCGUUUGUCCCAAAGGAGCUGGGCGUGCACACGGUGUCGGUCCGCUACAAGGACAUCCACAUCCCGGGCUCGCCGUUCCAGUUCACGGUCGGCCCUCUUAGGGACGGUGGAGCUCAUCGGGUGCACGCCGGUGGUCCCGGCCUCGAGCGAGGCGAACAGGGCGAACCCUGCGAGUUCAAUAUCUGGACGAGGGAGGCCGGGGCCGGGACACUGGCCGUCUCCGUCGAGGGUCCGAGUAAAGCAAAGAUCGACUUCAAGGACCGGAAGGAUGGCAGCUGCUACGUCAGCUACAUCGUUACCGAACCUGGUGAAUACAGGGUGGGAAUAAAGUUCAACGACCAGCACAUCCCGGACUCGCCGCACAAGCUCUACGUUGCCCCGGCGAUGGGCGACGCUCACAAGCUCGAGGUCGCCCAAUUUCCCGAAGGCAACGUCCAGACUGACAAGCCAUACACAUUCCUCGUACGCAAGAAUGGCGCUAAGGGCGAACUCGACGGCAAGAUAGUUUCACCGAACGGCGUCGAGGACGACUGCUUCAUCCAGUCUAUCGACUCCGAGGAGUACUCGGUGCGCUUCAUGCCCCGGGAGAAUGGCGUCCACAAUAUCCACCUAAAGUACAACGGGGUGCAUAUCAAUGGCAGCCCCUACCGCGUGAAAGUGGGUAAGGUCGACGCGGACCCGGCGGCGAUCCAUGCCCACGGCAACGGCCUUAAGAAGAUCAAGACCGGGCAGAAGACGGAUUUCAUAAUCGACACGUGCAACGCGGGCGCCGGCGCCCUCGGCGUCACCGUCGACGGCCCUUCUAAGGUCGCCAUGGACUGCACCGAGGUCGAGGAAGGCUACAAGGUCAGGUACACGCCCCUCGUCCCCGGCGACUACUACGUCAGCAUCAAGUACAAUGGCUACCACAUAGUCGGCUCGCCAUUCAAGGUCAACGCGACUGGGGCGGAUCUCGCCGAAAGAGGAGCACAGGAGACGAGCUCUAUCGUCGUCGAGACAGUUCAGAAGUUCUCCAAGGCCAAACAAACGGGCCCCGUUCUUCCACGCUUCAACUCCAACGCCAGCAAGGUCACGAGCAAGGGCAUGGGCUUGAAAAAGGCAUAUUUGGGAAAGCAGAAUCAAUUCACCGUGAACGCGGGCGAUGCCGGGAACAACAUCCUGUUCGUGGGUGUGCACGGGCCAAAGGGACCGUGCGAGGAGGUGUUCGUGAAGCACGCAGGCCGCAACAAUUACAAUGUGAGCUACUUGGUGCGCGAGCGGGGCGAAUACAUCGUCAUGGUGAAGUGGGGCGACGACCAAAUUCCCGGUUCGCCUUUCAAGGUCGACGUCUAGAACGCCGCUUCCCGCAGCCACGAACUUGUACGGGCGCGUGCACGCCCGCGCACGAGGCAUCUUCCUGUUCUCAUGAACAGGGCGCGGCACGAGCGCUUACGUAAAUAGAUGAGACAAGGAGGUGGGCCGCGUCAUCCACGCGAGUUGAUCGAAAUGCAGCUUUCCAUUCAUCAACACGGCCUUUCCUCGGCUUCCUUCGUGGCAAAACGGUCGCAGUAAGAAAUACAUGGAGGAACAGAGAGAGAGAGAGAGAGAGAGAGAGAGAGAGAGAAUGUUCGUGUGUG